AUGAAUGGGUUGAUCCAUGGGGAGGACAGACAGUGGCAGUGUCCGGUCAGAAACGCAGCAGCAGCAGCGACGUCACGACAGCACGCCUCUGACACGGUGUGGGAGAGUGCGGCCGUGCGCUCUGGCUCACUCUGGCUCACUCAGGCUCAAGCACCGCUGGAGUUUGGUCCGGGCCAUGGUGCGCACGGUGCGGACGGCUGCAGCAGGAGCGCGCACAGGUCGUGGAGACGCUUCACUGAGCCAAACAUUCAGAUGAGAGCUCAAACACUGAAACCUGGGACUUCCACACAACUCCAAAAGGGAAACGCUGUCAUUUUACGCGCAGAAAUGAACACUACUCCAGCUCCCACGUUUCCUUCUACACUGCUGACAUCGGAGCAGCUCACAGUGGUGGCUGCAUCUUUCUCUUCCCUCGUGUUCUUCGUGGUCAUUGUGGUCAUGUUGUCUAUUAUCUACCGUAAAGAUCCCCAGUGCUGCAAGCUGCGCUCCUAUCAGGCCCAGCGCUCUGAUAUGGCCUCUCCGCCUCAGUACUACAGCAGCAGACAGACCCUGGUGGGCUCUCCCUGUGAGCAGACACACAUACCAGAGGACAGCACGCAGUCUGGUCAGCUGUUCUACGUGGGCCUGCCCUCCAGCUACAACCUGGAGGCCCCCAUGCCCCGACUGCCCUCCUAUGAGAGUGUGCGGAAGAAGGACCGCCAGAGGCACAUCCACAUGAUGAUCGCAGACCGCUUCGGGCUCAACGGGACCAUGGUGGGAGAGCCUCCUCCGACCUAUGAGGAAAGUAUCCGUGAUUCUGUGGAGAUCCCGUACAACCAGAGCUCAUCGUGUUUGGACGUGACAGAUUCACACAUGAGUUACACAAACAGUGGAUACAACCAUCACAGUGACAGCCCCCCACCACCCGUCUGUAACACUGACCGAGGGACCCCACCUGUGUGACCCCCACCGGUGUGACCCCCACCCCCCCAAACCUUCUACUGUGAGGAACUGAGCCAAAGAAGAACCAAAGACAGAAGUGCACCAAGAGUCGAACUAUUUGAACUGUGAACUGAAUACUUGAAGAUACUUGUUGAAGUGACUGAAAGAGUAGUGUCAGAAACAUAAAACUUAUUAAAGGUGCACUAUGUAACUUUCUUUGUGGAGGGUACGCCACCUGCUUGUCUCCAUGGAGAUGUUAUUCCUUUGUUCCACAGUUUGGCAUUAAACUUAAGCUCAGAUCUGUGCAGAGGCGAACCUGCUCACAGAUCACAUGUUUUCAAGGUAUUUUCAUUAGCAAUAAAACGCCUCUAUUUGAAUAAUUAUAAGAUACUGUAGAUGAGCUGAAAGCUGCACUGGGAACAUUCUAAACAGAUAAAUAAUCUUCAAAGUGUCAAGCAGGUGUAGCAUCACCCACCAAAAAAGUUACAUAAUACACCUUUAAAGUGUGGUUACUUUGGGACAUUUUCAUAUAGAGGUCACCCACCACCAGAGGGUAACUGGUUCAGACCUCAUUCAUACUGUCCAUUAUGUCAAGACACUGGACUUCAGCCAUCGUCCAUCCAGAUGGAGGGGCAUCUGGCGUAAAAGACUUGGUGAAUGACCAUGCAGCACCAGCGUGUUUUCUGGGACAACCCUGACUGAAAAAAUCGACUAUUUUUUAUGUUUCUUGCUAGUUAAUACUUUCUUAACUUGAUAAAGCACAAAUCUGCAAAAUCUUGUUUUUUAAUCAAAC